UUCAUUUUGUAAAUGUGCUUGGUAUUGCACCACUGAGUUUAAAUAAUGGGGUUCAAAUUCGCUUUUAUUCCCGGAGGUUUUGAAAUGUGCUGUUAAAUAUUUAAGAUUUCUAUUGAGUGCUUUAUUAAUUACAGAGGAUUAAAGAAUAAGAAUAUAAUCAUAAUAUUUAGUGUAUUGGUUGUUUAAAGUGUAUUGAUUAAUUUCAUUUUUCGCGUUGGGAGUCUUAUUUAAUUAUUAAAGAUCCGUAAUUCAAACCAGAAGUAAUGUUCAGACUCAUUAACUGUGAUCUUUAUUCUGAUCAUAAUUUACAAUGAUAUAGCAAACUUGAAGUUGUGAAGCUGGCGUGUUAUUUUUCUGAUUCUGAAAAAGGAACAGAAUCAUAUUCACGCCUUUUCAUUUAAAAGAAAUGAAAUUUUACGACAAACUUGUGGACAUUAUUAUUCUCCUCUUCAUAGUCAUCAUUUCGUCUACUGAUGCCAGUUGCUCAUUUCCUACUGAGAUAUCAGGCGUAUGGCACAGUGCCCACAAAGGGGCGUUAACAUUCAACGACACCCAUCUUACAGGGUAUCCUAUAUACAUGUCUGUUUCAGUGCAGUCAUUAAACUUUUCAUGCGAAGAGAGUAGCGGCGAUUAUUUUAUGCUGAAAGCAACAGAAACAGCUUUUAUAUUCAACAAUGAUAUAAGAGCAUACUUGUGCUUGUAUAUGAAAAGAAUAUCUGAAUAUAAAUAUUAUUAUCAGUUGGGUACAAAUGUGGACCUUACAAACAAUGAUCAUAUCAAAGGUACCUUAGAGGGUUCAACUGUAGUAAUGUCAGAUGUCUGUAAUAGGGCAACACCUUAUGAAGCUAGUACUUAUAUAGUACUGGUUAAAGAUGGUUCCCCUGCUUCGGGAAUGGGUGAAGCCACUUGUUCGAACGCCCUAUUGGCCAAUUACGGUUCUGUAUCAAUAACUGCUGCAUCCGGGGCUUCUUGUUCUAGCACAACGUUCGAUGGAUGUACUGUCAAAACUGGACAGACUUAUACCUACGACGGAGGAUGCUCUACAAUCCCAUUUUCAAGUAGUGGAAACUUUGUAUGUAUGAAAUCUGUUACAAGUAAUGGGUAUGCAUAUUUAUCUGUAUGGAACAACGACACAAGCGUUGCGAAUGGAGACUAUCAGUUUUCCUGUCUAGUAAUAAGUCAAUCAUCCUCAGGAAAAACUACGUACGCUACAGAGGUACCCAAUUAUUGUUCCGAUACAACACAAACUUCAACGGCUCUUCCUUCAGGUGCAACAGAAGGGAAUAUAUAUGUGUUUUCAAGUCAAACGGAAACCUGUGCUACCAUUGUUGAAGGACAGUCAAAUGCAGUGUUUUAUGCUACCAUAUUUUUUGGAGCUUUGACAUUAAUUGCCGUCACGGUUUUGAUAGUGGUUCUCUUGAAAACAAAAGGGUGUCCGAAAUGUUGUUGUCCACCGUGUUCUUGUUUUCGUUCAUGUCCGUCAUGUCCAUCAUGUUCCUGUUUCCGAUGUAAGUCUUGUAAAAGAAACAAAGUGGGAGAUAGUGGUGAGCACGAUCCGGAAUCUGGCGAAUACCCACAGGAAGACGGUAGGCCAGAUGACGUGGCGAAUACAAUAUUCAGAUUGCCACCAUUUGAUGCGUUCAAACCGAAAAGACCAAUUCCAAUUGGUCCAGUUGUGGAGGCAAGUAUUAUGCCGUUACCUAAGGUUGAGCCAUUGUAUGCUAGAUAUACAGACAAUAGAAUAAAACGAACAGCAUCAAUGAGGUCCAUUGGAAGUAUUUUUAGUUUUAAAAUGAAGUUUUGAUACAAGAAAAUAUAUUUGGUGCGCUUAAAGGACUCAGUUUUAUUUGCAUUUUGUAUUCUGUGAUAACAUAUAUUGCUGUACUCUCAACUUAAGCCUUUCUGUAUAUUAUAUAUGUUAUUCGACAAUGGCAUUUGUUUACUGUGUGUACAUUGUAAAGAUGCUUGCUCAUCAUUCUAUGCAUUUACCGGAUGACUCAUUAGUGUGCAACCAUAAAUUGCAUAUUAUGAAUUUUGAAUAGAGCCAAUUUAUUUAUUGAGAGACGUAGUUAAAAAUAGAUUUAUGACUUCUGAAAGGAUAAAGAUAAGCGAUCCUUUUGAAUUAAUUGAACGGAACUCACCUUGCAAGAUUUUCUUUUACCGUUG